AUGCUGAAGAUCAACAGACAGUGGAAGCAACUGGAAAGGACCCUGAAAUGGAAUGCCUGGAAGAAGCAAUGCUUGUACUGCCACGAGACGUGUGAACCACAAUCGCUUAAUCAAUCCAAGCGUCGUCCUUAUAAGCCGCGCAACAAGCCAAAUAUGUGCACAUAUUGUGGACGGACAUUUCGGCGUCGUUAUUUGCUGGACACACACAUAAACAUACACACUGGCCGCAAGCCGCAUCAGUGUGAAAUGUGCGGCAAACAGUUUCGUGCCGUUUCCACAUUAACGCGACACUUGCGAACGCACGAACAGCGCAAGGAGCAACAGUGUAAACAUUGCGAAAAGCUUUUCACCCAUCGCAGUGCUUUGCUUAGCCAUGAAAUGCGACACACGCAGAUUCGUCGCUUCGCCUGCAGCAGCUGUGAUAAAUGCUUCUAUACGCGCAAUCAAAUGGAUACUCAUCGCCGUAAACUGCAUGCAAAUGUCGCUGCUGCCGAUGCGUCUGACACAAUUGCCGCACCCACGAAUUUACCGUUUGCCUGCGAUCUGUGUAGCAAUUGUUAUCGCAGUGCAUCCAUGUUGAGCACUCACAAGCUUAAGAAGCAUUAUCGAUUGGCCAAAUACCGUUGCGAGCAAUGCGAUAAGAAGUUUGUAGAUGCCGAACGCUUGCAGCAACAUCAGCUAAUCCAUGUCAAUCCUGAAGCCCUAAUAAAAUAA